CCCUGCUGCUGCACUCUCCCUUCAUCUGCACGCCAGCGCUGCCAUCCCCACCGCACUCGUUGACCUGCCGGCACCACCCAAUUGCGCAUUCUGCCUGUUGCGCCCCGUAAGCUGCCGCCUCGCCUCCCUUGAUCGUCGAACGGUCGACUCGCCCUCCCGCCUCCCCAAUUGUGCCCAGACCCGCGUCUAGCUUCCUCGCACCGCGACGAGCCCACCAGCAACAUCCGCACAGGGUCCUCUCUCACACAACACACACACAUCACACAAUGGCAUCAAAGUUUCUCCGAGAAUACAAGCUGGUGGUAGUAGGCGGCGGUGGUGUCGGAAAGUCGUGCCUGACCAUCCAGCUGAUCCAGAGCCACUUUGUCGACGAAUAUGACCCGACCAUUGAGGACUCGUACCGCAAGCAGUGUGUCAUCGACGACGAGGUUGCGCUGCUCGACGUGCUCGACACAGCCGGCCAGGAGGAGUACUCGGCGAUGCGGGAGCAGUACAUGCGCACAGGCGAGGGCUUCCUGCUCGUCUACUCGAUAACCGACCGUCAGAGCUUCGAGGAGAUCAUGACCUUCCAGCAGCAAAUCCUGAGAGUAAAGGACAAGGACUACUUUCCCAUGAUUGUCGUCGGCAACAAGUGCGAUCUCGACGGCGAGAGGCAAGUCUCAACACAAGAGGGCCAGACGCUGGCCAACAACUUUGGCUGCAAAUUCAUCGAGACGUCGGCAAAAUCGCGCAUCAACGUCGACAACGCCUUCUACGACAUUGUACGAGAGAUCCGCAGAUACAACAAGGAGAUGUCAUCAUACACUGGCGCCCCCUCGGGCGGCCAUGGCUCCAACGGCAUCCAGAAGAUGGGCAUCGAGGACGAUUCAGAGAAGAAGGGCUGCUGUGGCUGCGUAGUAAUGUAAGGAGACGGAUAAUCAUGUUGUUGUUGCUGCUGCUGCUGUCGCGCGCACAAAGAGAGAGAAGAGAAGCGUACCACACCACACCCACCACCCGCUUCCCCCGCCCUGGCCAUAGGCGGCAGAGGAAGAGCCUGCGAUACCAUUAGCACGUACUGUCAGUUUAACUUGGUCCUUUACGGGGGAUUCUCCGCUCCUUUUCACUUCGACACUUUCGCUGUUUCCUAGGGUUCACUUUUUGGGGGGCUCGGUGUUGAUCAACGGUAUCCCUGACUCAAAUUCUGCUGGCGCGCCCUCUCAACGGAAACGCCCCUUCGAUUCCACCCUAUUGCUGCUGUGGUCUCGAGAAACGUUUCUCUUCUUUCCCCCCAAAUAUCACGGUGGCGCUUGUUCGCUCAUAGAAGACCUCUCUCUCUUAUGGCAUUUAUUGGUACAUUUUGUUGUUGGUUUGUAGGUCCUACGUAUGCGCCAUGUCAUAAGAUGAAAGGCCAAGGCAUGGCAAUUGAGGAUUCGGUGGAAAUGUCCAAAAGAUCUCUUUAUCUAUUAUCUCUCAUACCUACCAUCUCCUUCUACUGAUUCUGAAUUUACACCAGUUCUUUUAACUUCUAUGGACAUAAUUCAUCUCUGCUUUUUAC